AGAAAAGUAAGACAAUGAUAACAACAGAUACUGGUACCGGCACGUCGACAUCUCCCAUGGACGUAUCAAAAAGCAGAAUGGAGCGGAGUACGAGUGAAGGGAGCAGCCCAGUCGGCUCACCGCCCGAGCUUGACACUAGCAUGAGCAUUGCUAGUAGUUGCAGCUCAGACAUUGCUUCUGAUUUAAGUCUUCAAUCUGAUGACAUAACUCCUGUUAACAGAAUCUCGCAGGUUCUAACUGUUCUUGAUGUGCCUGAGUCGAUUUCCUCCACAGACAACUCGGGGUCCAAAGUCACCUUGUAUAAGAUCAGCAUGCAGUCCAAUGAUAUUUGUUUCCACCUUCCAUCAACAUGCGUAUGGCGAACAUUCUCUGAAUUUGUGUGGCUGAGAAGAAGAUUGGAAUCUGGCUGUUCAUUUAUAAGAAAAGCUGUACCAGAUCUGCCCACAAGGACUUUAUUAAACCUGUUCGACAGAGAUUUUGCAGAAAAGAGGAUGAUUGGCCUUAAGGAAUUCCUCAACAAAGUCAUAGAGGAAAGGUCAUUCUUAUCGGAUGCCGCGGUUCACCUCUUUCUUCAGUCCAACCUCUCGGCAGAGGAAAUACAGGCGUGGUUAGACAGAAAGGUCGAUGGUACCGUACUGGAAUUGAUACACAGGGGUAAAGACUUGGUGAUGCAAGAUAACAAUUCUUGUGUACAUGAGGUAUGAGCAAAGCGAUAUGGUACUCUUUACUUCAGUCCGACCUCUCGGCAGACAAAAUACAGGCAGGUUAGACAGAAAGGCUGAUGGUACCGUACUGGAAUCGAUACAUAGAGGUAAAGAUCUGGUGAUGCGAGAUAACAAUUCUUGUGUACAUGAGGUAUGAGUGAAGCGAUAUGGUAUUCUUUACUUCAGUCCGACCUCUCGGCAGACAAAAUACAGGCAGGUUAGACAGAAAGUUUGAUGGAACUGUACUUGAAUCGACACAUACCUGUAGGGGUAAAGAUCUGGUGAUGCAAGAUAACAAUUCUUGUGUACAUGAGGUAUGAGCAAAGUGAUAUGGUACUCUUUACUUUAGUCCGACCUCUCGGCGGAGGAAAUACAGGCAUGGUUAGACCGAAAGGUACAUGGUACCGUACUUGAAUCAAUACAUACCUGUAGGGAUACAGAUCCAGCGAUGCAAGAUAACAAUUAUGCGAGGUAUGAGAGAAGUGAUAAGGCACUCAAGCCUCUGAUUGGACAAGUAAUGUGUACUCGGCCGUCCAUUUCAUGCGCUACAUGUAGAUCCUCCAUAGUGAAUUUUCCAUCUCCAGGAGCGAGUGAAGAUCAGUUAGAACAGCUUGGCCUUCGUGAGCAAGUGUCUAUGGUUUACAUGAUUGAGUGGAUGUGCUGCACCAUUUUUUAAGAGCGACUUAUAUUUAUAUUUAUUGGGGAUAUCUUUAUACCGUGUACUGACUGGUGUAUUGUCAAGGUUGUGAUGUUAAGCAGCAUUAGAAAUUAUUAGUAUUCAUGAUGUAUGUCUGUACAAAGAAACCUGUAUAUAAAGACCCCUCAGGAGUGACAAGAUACUGGUAAGUGGUCUCUGUAGACGGGCGGUCUUUAUGUACAGAUUUUUUUAUUACAGGUUUCUAUAAGAAAAGGUCAAAGAAAACAAAAAAUGUGGUCUUUAUAGACAGGUGGUCGCUAAAGCAGGUUUCGCUGUAUUUGCAAACGAUUAUAUACACGUAACUGAUCUCACAUGAAGUGCUGAUUUAAAUAAAAGAGAGGGAAGAGUGUCAUAAGUUCCCCUGAUAUUGAAUAUUUUUAGCCAUGAUUUUAAAAAGCUAUUUUUAACAAUUUUCACGCUUUUUUUAAUGGCACCUUACAUCAAAAUAUAUUUUUACAAUGUAGUAAGACUUCAAAACCAAUAAUUUUUUUUAUAAUUAUAUGUAUGCCAUCCUGAAAGAUAUCUGGAUAUGUAUCCUGUUCUAUUAUUCUACAUUGAAGAAAAAAAAAUUGCAAUGUCAUGCUGAGUAAGGGUGUCAUAUAUGUUAAGAGGAUCUUUUUACACCUGAUUGAUUAAGUCAUUCAAUCAAGUUGUCAGGAUAUGAAUAAUUAUGACCUUAUCCUGAAAUGUCUUCCCAAACCCUGGAUUACCCCCUACAUGAUGUCAUUUAGAAAGUAAUUAAUUCUGUGUAGACUGUGUGGUUAAGGAAACAACCUGUACUGGUAAGGGUACUUAAACUAAUUAAUGAGGACAUUAGGAAUCUGUAUCAGUUUCAUAUUAUUCCUUCUGCAAAUUCCAAUUAAGUAUUGCUAAUUUGGGGUGAUCUCUCGUUAGCGUACUUGAAGAAUUUUUUUACAAUGGAUUAUAUUGAUAAGUACUUACCUCAAAUGAGGGAAGCAAUGUUUGAUAAUUGAGAAGAAUAAUUGAUAAUAAUAUUCAAACCAACGUUGUUAAUUUGUUUACUUUAGAAGCUAAUAUUUAUACAAGAUCGGAUUCAGUUCCUCAACAUACAUGCAUGUACAUGUCUGGUCUGAACUCAAGCAAAACAUUCCUGCUGGUCAAUGGCACUGUGUUUAAACAUGAAUGGAUCUGCAGUUGUAACAUGAAACUGCAAUGCAGAUAAAAGUAGAUUAAGGUAUUUCAAGUAGAGUAGGUUGUGUUUUAUUUAUGUACCAUAAAGUUCAUCACGAGUCACAUGUUUUACUUCUAACCACAUGAUGUUUAUCAGCUUGAGAAGUAAAUAUGGACUCUGCUCAUGGUAAUGCUACACCUCUAUUGUAGAUAGUGGCCUGACUGGUAUAAAAACGUCAGAUCAAAGCAAAGACUGUAAUUAGUAAGUGCCGCAUGGCAAUCGUGCAAUAUGUUGCAGCUGCAGGUUAUUUAGGGGACAAAAUAAAUAUCAUAUUGAAUGAUCACCAGUCCAGUAUGUUGAAGUACUUCAGAAUAAUAAAUGAUUGUGCUUUUUUUUGUUUAAAUAUCUUGUUUUUUAGCAUGUUAACAAUUGAGAGUUAUAUAAUGUUCACUUUCUAGAGCAUUAAGUGUUCCGGUUUACUUAAAUUAUAUUUAGUGGUGCUAAAUAUUGCUGCAAUAUUUUACUGCAUUUAUAGGUACAAUGUACUAAAUCUCUAACUCUAAAUUAAAAUGUUAUAAUGUACAUGUACAGGAUCUGGACAUUUUAUUGAGAUAUCAGGAUGUUUUAAUUGAGAUAUCAGGAUGUUUUAUUGAGAUAUCAGGAUGUUUUAUUGAGAUAUCAGGAUGUUUUAUUGAGAUAUCAGGAUGUUUUAUUGAGAUAUCAGGAUGUUUUAUUGAGAUAUCAGGAUGUUUUAUUGCGAUAUCAGGAUGUUUUAUUGAGAUAUCAGGAUGUUUUCCUCCGGUUCAGUAUUAAUGAAAGUACGAAAGUUGUUACAGCAUGCAAAUAUGAAAUCCAUGGGAUUUUGAUAGAUACCAUUGUCUCAGCAAAAUAGUUUUUUAAGUCCUGUACAUUAUAUACAGUAUUUGCUUUUAUUUGAUGUUAUCAAAGCACCUUUGUAUCCGGACUGGAAAUGAAAGCAAUAACGGUACAUGUAUAUUGAUUUUUGUCUAGUAACUGAAACUUAUGGACUAUGCAACAUGCACUACUUUGUAGGGUUUUUUCCAGUUCAGUCAUGUGAUCGAUUGUUCUAUUCUUACUUAUGAAAUGGAAAAUGAAAACAUUGGCUUAAUGUAAACAAUGGGAUAUUACAAAUGUGUGUUGUUGAACUUUGAGAUGUCCUACAUUGACAGGAGGGUAGCACAAUGUACUUAUCAUGCAUGGGAAAGGAGGUUAUCUGUGCUGUAACUUUGAUAUACUUGAAUUACUCUUAAUUAAGAGAAAACAUUUAUAAUGUUAUCAUAACUUUAUGGCUUUCUCAUGACGAGCCAAAUCAAAGUACCUGGUUUGUAAGUUACAGAUGAAGCUUCACAGACAUUUAAAAAAAUGCAAAUUAGUUGUUGGUUACAAUGUACAUCGACACAUAGCUAAGGCAGAAGAACAAACAUGUGAGAGCAGUGUGAUUUAAAUUAUGGAAACAAAACUUACAAAGAACUCUCAUAUUUUUUGAACAUAAAAAGUCUAUGUGAAGGAACAUCACAAUUUCUGAAGAAGAUCUAUGAAAGGCUCAUGCAUCAUGAACCCUGCAUAGCUACAUGUCAGUUCUUUGCAACAAGACUUGUAAAAGCUCAUCUCAGUUGAUAAUUGUUCAUCAAGAGUGUUUCUAUCAAACAUUCAGCAGUAGAUUAUUUUACCAAAUGAUGUGAAUUUUAAUGCAUUUUACAAUCAAUGUGCCUUUUGACUUUGGUAGAUACUGUAAAUCAUAUAUUUUGUUUAUUUUAUUUUUCUAGAUUAGACAAGACAGUUGCUUAGAAAAUAGAGUUUGAUGGCCGAGUUGAACCAAAUAUCGUUUGGUGAACAUCAAUGUAUUUUUGGUAUGCUUAUCUUCAAGAGUAUGACACCAAGUGACACUGACAGCUGACAUCGUUUUAUUUCAUGGCAUGAAUUGAUGGUAAAGGUUUAAUUUCUUUUCAUUUAGAAAGCAGAAUUAAAGUGAAACAAACUUACGAAAGUCCCUUUACUAAAGGGACUUUAAUAAGGUUGUUUCACUUUAAUUCUGCUUCCUAAAUGAAAAGAAAUUAAACAUUAUAAAUGAACCUUAACCUUCAGUUUCCUGCUUUUAGUUUCCUCUAGCUUUUAUUCAAAAUGAUGAAGGCUUUUUUUUUAAUAGAAGGGGAAAUUACACUAACUUAUAUAUUUAGUGCUUCAUUGUAGGAAUGAAAUAGUAUUAUUAAAAAAAUGUUAGGUAUAUACACAAGAUUAUUUGAAGUGCCAAAACACUGUACCAUUUUUAUUGACGAUUUAUUCUCUUAACAACACUUGAAAACUCGAGCUAAAUGUACCGGUACAUGAAAUGUGAAAUCUGUUAGAUACAAAAAUCAUCUAAGAUGGCUUUUAACGAUCAGUUGCGUCUCGAGUACUUUUGUAGACACAAGCUAUCUAAUAUCUACAAAGUGCAGGGUUGACAUUUUGUUUCGUUUUGGGUAUGUGACGCGACUCUUUUCGUACUUAACCGUACAUUUUACAUUUUGUUAUUGAAACUAGUCACGACAUAUAUUUCAUGUAUGUAGUCUUUUUUAGUUUACAUGCACUCUUUGUAGAGAGACCCGGCCACCGACUCUCAGAUUAAGUCAACUUUUAUGGAGGCGUCCGAGAUCAUAGCCGGAGAAUCGUGCAUGAUUCUUUUGUGUUCGUCUCUUCUCAUUAACCAUUGACUGGUACAUUCAUUUUUGUUAACUUCUGCGUCACGUACCAUGACUGUUCUUUUUUGGUCAUGUAACCCAACACUUCCUGAAUUAGAGCGUGUUCUACAAAAGUACUCAAAACGUGAGUGAUUGUUUCUAGCCAUUUAAGAUUGUCAAGAUUGUCUCCAUGUACAUCUUGUAGGUGUGUGUCAUGUGAAUUAUGCAAAUGUUUUAUCUGUGUACUCUUUACAAUGGA